AUGGCAACAUCAGUCCCUUUCUUGGGAUUUAUAUUAGGUAAAAUUGCUUCAACUUUGACGUCUCAAUAUGUCACAUCAGCUGGAGAUACGACGCAAAUGAUCAAUAUUGUAAGUAGCUUCAUGCGUAAUGCAACAAUAAUUGUAACAAAAUUUUAGGUAAUAAAACAGAUAAAAUACUAAUAAAAACAGGAUAAACGUGCUUUUCGGCAUCUGCAUUUACUCCAAUUAGUUAUGCUUCUUUCUCAAUUCAUAUUAGCUUAUUCAUAUUAGCUAUAUUAACAUAGACCUAUAAAAAAAUCAAGGAAUCAAGUACUAUUUGCUUUAAAAUCAAUUAAAAAAACUAAUUUAGACUUGCCUGCAUGGUAUCUUCGCCCUCACUCCAGCAUUUCCGUUGUUUUUGGUAUGGAAAAGUCGACCAAGUACUCCACCAACGAGUUCGGCUGAUCAAUUCCUGUUUGAAUACCAACUGAAAUUGCCUGAAAUACCAAAGAUUUGUAAGUAAAACAUUAAAGUAUAAGAUGUAUUAAAUGUUAUGAUAGCUUGUAAACGUUUUUCUGUUAGAAAUUCAUUUAAAAAGGGCAUAAAACAACGAUAUUGUCGCGACAAUUGUCGAAAAAAGUGAAUUUGAGAAUUUUUAACAUUUCGUCUUUUGACACUUCGUUCUGGCUGUUUUUUGGUGGAAAGUAAGAAAACAUAUGUUGUUUAAACAGGAUAUUGUACUCCUAGAGCAUUAGUUUUUUUAUAGUUGACUUUACUCUUUUAAGGAAAAAUACAUGUAUUUGUAUAUUUGACAUAUUUUACAUAAUAACAUAUUGUUUUAGCUUCAAUAUUCAACUUUACAAUCAUUGGCUUGUCAACCGGCUGCAUUUUAUCAAUAAUCCACAUUCACUCCGACAUUCUAGAAGUCAUUUCAACCCCAGUAAAGUUGCGAUACGUCAACGCUCUAACUUUAUUUGUCAUCUCCAUUAUUGGCACCUUAGCCUUUAGUGGUAUAGUAGAUUCAUCAUACUCUCAUAAAGCUGUCUUCAGAGCAUGUUUAAUAUUGACAACGUUAUCAUCCUGCUUUUUAUUGUUAGCUGGAUUUAUUGCGAGCAAACAAGCGUUGGUUAUUGGAAGUUUAUGUUUGUUGGCAUUUGGUGCUGUUAGUGUAAUAUCAGUUGGUCUUGAGGUUAUUGUGGAGACCAUGUUUCCAAAGGAUAUUGCCUAUUGUAGUGGGAUAGUGUGGGGCAUUUGCUAUGUGGUACAGCUUGUAUUUACUUGUUUUUACGAAUUUUUAAAAGGAAGGAAGGAUCAGGAAAGAGCUAUUCAAAGUAAGUUACCUUUAGUUUUUAGUUAACACUAGGUUUAUUUUAAUAAUGAAACAUAAUUUUUUAGUAAUGUUAUGGACUACCACAUCACUAUUACUGUUUACAUUCUUUGCUUCUACAGUAAAUUUUAAGUUUGUGCCGAGGAGAAGGUUUUACGAAGAAAAUACGAAUGCCUCGAGGAUAAAAACUAUACUUUCUGGUGGGAUAUUGAGCUCGGAUGA